AUGCAAAAUCAUCAAAAUCAAAAUCAAAAUCAGCAAAAUCCAUCAACAACAUCCACCACUACAUCACCAGUGAUCCUUUUACGUCGAAAUGAAAGUGAUCCAGCUCCAUCCAACUUUCAAUCUCAUACUUUAUUAAUCGAUGGAACUUCUAAUCUGAUCUCUAAUUCAAAUCAAUUCAUCUUUGGUUCAACUCAAAAUGAGAAUCUCAUCAGAUCACCAUCACAAUCAGAUCACAAUCAAUCUUCAUCACUACUUCAUUCAUCUACUUCUCUUCAGAACCCUACCAUCUCAGAUAAAACUCUAGAUCCGACUGUUGUAGAGGCUAUGAUGACAGGUACAGUACGUGAUAAACAGAUCCUCUUACAAGCUGAAGUUGAAAUGCUUCGAUUUCUCACUUCAACACAAGAUCGUCAACCGUUUGGUGCUGCUCUAUCCACUUCAUUAAACUCUUAUCAACGGAUGUUAGUACAUCGUUUAGGUGACUCUUUUGGUAUUAAGAGAUCUAUCGAGAUGGGUCAUAUCUACAUGGAACGAACACCUCUCUCAGCUUGUCCUUCAACUCGUCUUGAUAGCUUUAUUAUUCGUCAGGAUGCUUCACCAUCAAACGCUGCUGUUUCUCCUCAGGAAAGGAGUCCUUCAUUAAACAUACCGAACAUACCUCAAGAAGAAAAGAUCGCGUCCUCUCCAAACACAAACGAAGUUAAAGCUUCAACUGCUUCAACUGCUCCUUUGAAAACCUUCAAGAUCAUGUCACGAACGCCUUCACAAAGAUCUAGCUCACGUCAAACGAGUAAAGGUAUCGCACCGUCUGCAGGAUCAUCUGUCUCAUCUGCUGAUGCAACCAACUCGGAUGCCAAGAGGAAUGAGCUUAGUUAUGAAGCACGUCAGGCUGCCUAUCAACAAGCACGAAACAGAAUCUUUGCGGCUGGAACUUCAGAAAGUGCAGAAGAUGAUGGAAUACCUAAAGAAUCAUCUGAAUCUGAGACAACCACUAGCUCUAGGAAUCUAGAUAGUUCUCUGAAUGAUGAUUCGAAUCCAUCUAAUGAUCAAUCUGUUCCUUCGUCCAAUGAUCCUUCUUCCGGGAAUGGACCGAUCCGAAUCGCUCAAGCACUUAACAAAGGAAAAGAAAAGAUGAUUGCCAAUUCGAAAUUUGUCAAACCACCAACCGUAGUAGCUAAACUUCGACCUGGUGCUACUGCUUUUGAUCCGAAUGCAAAAGCUCAUGGAUAUGAAGAAGUGACGAUUAUUGAUUUUGAUGAUAGUCAAGGACCGAUCCCAUGGUCUGCUCCUACUGGUUAUGAAUAUCCUUCUGAACCUAUCAGUCGUCAAGCUUAUCAUUCACGUCAGAUUCGAGCUGGUCAAUUGUAUGGUAGUGAUGCUUUUCCAAUUCAAUCUCAUCCAGCUUGUGGUCCUUUGAAUGGUGAACACGCUCAUCACGAUGGAUCAUAUCCAAUGUUUUCAACAUCCAAUGCACCUCAUUAUCUCGAUUCACAGUCUGGACCUCAUUCAGGAAUGAAUCCUAUGGUGUCUUAUGAACAUCCUUCAUCAAGAAUCUUUCCACCUCCUUCUGGACCUAUAAAGGGUGAUCUUAAUCGGUAUCCUCAAAACUCUGGAUUUCCAACUCCGUCAUUUUCGAUUCCUAAUGGUCGAUCUAUCAAUCCUGGUCCAACGAUUCAAUCAAGGAUUCCAAUACAACAAGAUCGGUUUCAUGUGACACCUUAUUCAGGUGUUGAUCAUGAGAUGGGAAACCAAGGAUCAGAUCGAUCAAGAGGAACAUAUCUUUCAGCCGAUUUAAAUCCAGGACCAACUAGAUCACACACUGUUCCACCAUCACUACCACCACCACCACCACCUGAAAGUCAAAACCAUCAAGGUUUAAAUUUUAGUCAUUCAAUGUCUUAUCCAUCAUUACAUCCUAUCUCACCUAAUCCACCACCGAUUCCAUCGGUUCAUAUGAAUCAUUCAUCAUAUCAAGUUAAUCAUUCUAAUCAUCAUCCAUUUGAUUCACAGUUUCAAACGACCAAUUCAUCUGUUCAUCCAACUUCUGGUCGUGAUUCUGGUACCUCAUCUGUUACCCAUUUAACUCCUCAAGCUCAAUUCCAUCCUACAUUAAUCACGCCACCUACUUAUGCUUCAGAUCCUAAUAUUAAUCCGAAUUCUAAUCAUUCAAUAAUAGAUUAUUCUCAAGUAGUGGAUCCACGUCUUUCAACUUUGAAUGGAAACCACAACAGUAGUAGUAGUAAUAGUAGUGGUAGUAAUGGAAAUCAUUAUCUUGGACCAUCUUCAUCAUCUACAAAUCAUCUGAAUCAUUCAAACAUGAAUCCUUUCUUACCUUUACCGACGGUUUCAUUAAGGUUUGAUUCGAUGAGUCAAUUAAGAUCACAUCCUUCAUCCUCUUCGAUCAUUUCAGAUGAAACAUCAUCUUCUAGUAAUCAAUCAUCAUCUAAUCUAACAGCUGCUUCUAAUUUAUCGAAACGUCAAAUGAAUGGAGGAAGUUUAGGACAUGAUUCAUCUGGAUCUGGAUCUAGAAGUCAUUUGGGAUUUAAAGCCGGCAGUCAAACGGUUGGAGGAACUAGGACGGGGUAUUUCAGUUUGAAUCAACUUGGAAUCUUUGGGAGUGAGAAUGGAAUGAAUGGAAUGAAGAAUAGGUAUGAAGCUGGUAGACCUGCAUCCGUGGGAGGUGUUUCGAAUUGUAGUAGUUCUAAUGGAUCGAUUCAUAGGAAUCAGAAUGGGAAUAGUAAGAAUCAACGAAACAAGAAUCAUCGAAGUAGUGGGAAUAGUGGGAAUAGUCAAAAGAGUGGGAUGAGUGGGAAGAGUGGGAAUGUACUUGAAGAAGAAGAUCUUAGAGGGAUGGUAGAUAAGGUAAGUAGUGUUAGUGAAGAUGAAUGGAAAACUAAUUUGGAAGCUCGUCUUGAUGAUGAUGAAAAAAAGAAGAAGAAGAUUGAAAAAGAAGUGAAGGGAACUUAUCCGGUUGGAGUGAUGGUUAUGCAACAUCCUUUACCUGCUAAACCUUUAUGGGUUGGUGGGUCUAGUAAUAAAAGUAUGGGAAGAGGGUCUAAUACUAACACCAAUACGAAUGGGAAACAUAGAGGGGUAGUGAAGAGUGAAACUCUACCAUUGAAAUCGAAUCCACCGAAUGGAAAUGGAAAUCAGAAUCAAGAUCAGAAUCAGAAUGAAAAUCAAAGUUUAUUGAAAGAUGAUGAACCUGUUAGUUCGGGAGAAGUGAAAUGUGUUGAUGUAAAUCAAACAGUGCCAGUGGGAAUCGUAGUUGUUGAGGAUUCGGAUUUGAAAGAUGAUGGAUUGAAAGAUGAUGGAUCGGAAGAUCAAGUUGAUCAAGUUGAUCAGGUUGAUCAGCUUAAAGGAAUUGAUCAGAUGGUUGGGAGUCUCUUGUUGGAUGAAAGUCAUCAUGGUUCUUUGAAUGAUGAUGAUGAUGAUCAGAAGAGUAAGAAGAAUGAUUAG